CCGACAUUCAAUAAGUUACCUUAAGUACCUAGGUGCCUACCCCGUUACGUUAAUGUCCCUAGUACCUAAGUAACAAUUGCCCCUCCCCCACCAUGGGCUUCGCUUCGCAUUCUUUUUUUGUUACAUCAAAACAUCUCCCGAAACACCAACAACAACAACAAUAAUAAUAAAAACAAAGCCAAGAUUAUAGAUUAUCGUAGCUUUUAUCUACGCUUAGUACACCUAAUUCAAGAUGGCUACGCCUAACAAAGUCUUCUCCCUCGAAGGGAAAGUCUUGAAGCUAGACACGGCUAAAGAUCUCGAGGCGCAUAUCGGUCCGCUAAGGGCUAUGGACGACGUCGAGGAAGUGCGCAUUCUAGGAAACACUCUGGGUGUGGAAGCCUGCAAACUUCUCGGGGAAGUCUUAGCCACCAAGAAAUCACUGAAGGUCGCAAACUUGGCCGACAUAUUUACGGGACGCCUGCUAAACGAGAUUCCUGAGGCUCUAUCCUCUCUGCUCACUUCCAUCCUUAAUUUGCCCAACCUCCAUACCAUCAACCUGAACGACAAUGCUUUCGGCCUCAACACCCAAGCGCCUCUGGUCGCUUUCCUGUCUAGCCACGUGCCGCUCCAGCAUUUAUACCUCAACAACAACGGAUUGGGACCUCAUGCCGGCAUACUUAUUGCCGAUGCCCUUUCGGAGCUUCACGCGAAGAAGGAGGCAGCCAGGAAGGCUGGCCAAGAUGUUCCGUAUCUAGAGACGGUCAUCUGCGGUCGCAACCGAUUGGAAAAUGGCAGCAUGCUUGCUUGGGCGAAGACCUUCAGCCUUCAUAACAGGGUGAAAGAAGUGAAGAUGGUUCAGAACGGUAUCAGGCAAGAAGGGAUCGAACAAUUGCUUACAUCGGGCCUAAACCAUGCUACCGGCCUCAGGAUUCUAGAUCUACAAGACAAUACUUUUACUAUCAAAGGAGCAAGAGCAUUAGCAAAGGUUGUCCCUCUAUGGGCAGACAUACAAGAACUUGGCAUUGGCGACUCGCUUCUUAGCGCCAAAGGAGGCAUCCUCCUCGCUCAGGCCCUUUCCAAGGGUCAGAACCCGAAACUCGAGACGCUUCGUCUGCAAUACAAUGACAUCACUGCCUUAGGUGUUAAAGGCUUUGCAUCGGCAGCUAAGGAAGGUCUCCCGGCGCUGAAGAGGAUUGAACUAAACGGCAACAAGUUCACGGAGGACGACGAGUCUAUUCUAGCUCUACAAGAGCUCCUCGACGAGCGAAAAGAAAAGUUUGGGGGUGACAUUAUUGAUGAAGACACCUGGGGCGUCGACAGUUUGAGUGAUCUCGAGGAUCUGGAUUCGGACGAGGAGGAAGAAGAAGAAGAAGAAGAAGAAGAGGAGGAGAAGGAGGAGGAGGAGGAGAAAGACGAAAUUUCUCCGGAAGAGAAGGCCGAGAAGCUAGUCAAGGACGCCGAGGAAGCUCAAGAACAGCCCACGGCGCAGCGCAAGGACGACGAUGUCGACGCGUUAGCCAAGAAGCUGGCACAAACUGGGAUCUAGCUAGCUUGAUAGAGGCGUGCUUAACCUACUUAAGCGUUUAGGUAGUAGGGUACAUAUAGAUAGUUACGAUCCCUUACACAGAUGGAGAGAGAAUAGGGCUUAAAG